AUGCCUCAAAAUGAAUAUAUCGAAUUGGCCAGGAAACGCCAUGGCCAACGUUUGGAUCACUUUGAAAGAAUGCGGAAAAGAGAAGCUAGGAAACCCCAUGCUUUAGCACAAAAAGCCAAGAAACUUAAGGGCAUAAAAGCUAAGCUUUAUCAUAAACAAAGAUAUUCCGAGAAAGUACAGAUGCAAAAGACACUCAAGAUGCAUGAAAAGAAGAAAAGCAAAACAAAGAAAGAAGAUGCAGUUCCUGAAGGUGCUGUACCAGCCUAUCUGUUGGAAAGAGAAGGCCAAAGUCGCGCUAAAAUUCUUAGUAAUAUGGUUAAGCAGAAGCGGAAAGAGAAGGCUGGUAAAUGGACUGUGCCAUUGCCAAAGGUGCGUGCCGUUGGCGAAGAGGAGGUAUUUAAAGUUCUUCGAACUGGCAAAAGCAGAAAAAAAGGCUGGAAAAGAAUGAUUACUAAGGCGUGCUAUGUUGGAGAAAACUUUACCAGAAAACCUGCUAAAUUCGAACGAUUCAUAAGACCUAUGGGGUUGCGUUUUAAGAAAGCUCAUGUUACUCAUCCUGAAUUGAAAGCUACAUUUUGCCUUCCAAUUAUUGGAGUCAAAAAGAAUCCUCAAUCUCCCAUGUUUACCCAAUUGGGAGUUAUCACCAAAGGAACUGUCGUAGAGGUCAAUGUAAGUGAACUCGGUUUAGUAACUCAAGGCGGUAAAGUAGUUUGGGGCAAAUAUGCGCAAGUAACGAAUAAUCCAGAAAAUGAUGGUUGCAUUAAUGCUGUUUUAUUAGUAUAA